AAGCAUCUAUUGUUCACGAGCGGCGUUGGCAUCGGCAGAAUAAAUUGCUGUUUAUUCUUGUUGGUUAUAUUGUGAUUGUUUCUUAUUUAAUUUAACAGUGUUUAGUUUAGCAUCUUCUACUGGCCUUAAAUCGUACAUUAUAACAAAUGUAUUCGUGUUUUGUUUGCAAUGCUCAUUAAAUAUUUAGGAAAAAUUAAUACUUGCAAGCCAAAUAUGCAAUGCAGUACCCUAUAGGCUUGUUCUCAAGUUCAUAAGAAAACUUUAAUUUCAGUUGUUAGUUUUGUUUAUAGAUUUUAUUUUAACAUUUUAAAAUGGUAAAACUUACUCCUGAGUUGAUUGCCCAGUCACAUCAGUACAUAAAUCCCGUGCGAGAUCGAGAAUUGGACCUAAGAGGUUAUAAAAUACCUGUUAUUGAGAAUUUGGGAGCUACAUUAGAUCAGUUUGAUACAUUGGACUUGUCAGACAAUGACAUACGGAAACUGGAUGGAUUCCCACUGCUAAAACGUCUUAAAUGCAUACUUCUGAAUAAUAACAGAGUUGUAAGGAUUGCAGAAGGUUUAGAGAAUUACAUUCCAAAUCUAGAGACAUUAAUAUUAACAGGAAAUUUAAUUCAAGAAUUGGCAGAUGUUGAUCCACUGAUGAGCCUACAAAACUUAACGAACCUGAGCUUGAUGCAUUGCCCAAUUGCUGGAAAACAACAUUACAGACAGUAUAUAGCAUUCAAGUUUCCUAAACUAAGAUUGCUAGACUUCAGGAAAAUAAAGAUGAAGGAAAGGGAGGAAGCUGUGGCUCUUUUCAAAAGCAAACGAGGGCGAGAAAUUCAGAGAGAAAUCGCAAAGAAAGCCAAAACAUUUGUUCCUGGUGCAGGUUUACCGGAGCCCAAAAAACCUACAGGCCCCUCAGCAGAAGAAUUAUGGAAAAUCCGUGAAGCAAUUUCUAACGCAUCUUCUCUGGAGGAAGUUGAAAGACUGAACAGGCUCUUGCAGGCUGGACAGAUUCCAGGGAAAGCAGGCACCUCAUCUAAACCUAACAGCAUGGAAGUUGGUGAAGAAGAAGAAUACGAUGAAGAUGAUGACAAUGCUAUGCAAGUCAAUGGACAUUAGUCCUUGCAUUCGAAGUUACAAAUUGUAUAUAUUAAAGUACAUUUUUAGCUAUGAAUAAUACAUUUAGUUUGGAUUAGAGAAUUUUUUUAUGAAAUUUAGUUUGUUAAGUUUAUAAGAAUCAGAUAUUACAUUCAGUUUUGUGAUUUUAAGUAGUAAAAUCCAUAUUUUCUUUUUUUAAGUAGUUUGUAUAUCAUCAGUAGUUUUAAAAUUAUGUUAUUUAUAACAAAUAAAAAAAACAGUUGUUUAUUAUUUGAACUUCAAACAUUAUUAAUGUGAGAAUUCUUAGAUUUUAAAAAGUUAAAUGAAAAAACCAUUAAAAUAAUUUGUUUAUAGCUAGCUAACUUGUCAUGAGAUAUCUGGUACUGCAAAAUAAAACCUCAAGGUUGAGAAGUGAUUUUAUUGUAUUAUUUAACUUGCCUACUUGUUCCUAUCACAUAAUUUAAUAUAGGAUGUCAAGUCUUGUUUCAGGUGGAGAACAGCAUGUGCAGGGUCAGAGCGAUUUCCCCUGCAGGUCCAGGAUAGGCUCUUCUGCUGCAGACUCCCCACUGACAUUCAAAGUUGGAAAUGGAUCCAUAGAUUGGGACAUCUAACAAUUACAAUAACUCUUUGAAGCAAAUUUAAUAUUUCUCAUAGCAAAUAAAGAAAAUUUCAAAAUGUGAUGACAAACUUAGUAUAUUUGUUUGUAAAUUAACAGAUGGACAUAACAAAUUCACUUUGACCAAUAUAUUUUUAAGUUUAAUUUCUAAAUAAAUAGAUUUUUUGUUGUUUCUGAUUGUUAAACACCAUGACUCCUGAGAUAUAUCCCAGAAAAAUGUUUUAUUGUAUUCUAUCUGUCAUCAAAAAAACUCCAAUUAUAGAAUUUGUUAAUAAUUUUUUGGAUAUUCAUAAAUUAUUCUUGUCAGUGUGGCAAUUAAAGGGUAAAAAUUAGAGUAUUUUGUAGGUUUGCUGCUCUUUUUGAUUGAGCUCUUUUAUUUUGUUGGUUUUCUUAAGCUCUGGUACGGCAAAAUUUUAUAUUUUUUUGAUUGCAUAGGUCAUUUAUACAAUUCUUGUUUGGUUGUAUAUCUGUAUACUAAUGAGCUUACUAAUAAAACAGUUUUUCAGUUUA